AUGAAAUUUAUCAACAAUCGACAAUUUUGCAAUUUAAUUAUUUAUUAAAACAUUAAUAAUUCGACGAAGUGUGGCGUUAAAGUCGUUUGAUGCGACAAGAGGGUGUUGUGUUCGAUCUUGGAAACGGUCAACCUAAAUAUAGUUUGGACAGAUGUAAAUGUCUCGGAAAUUUACUAUUUUUGGCAUUGUUCUAAUGGUAUUUAGUGAUAUAGUUCAGAUGGCUUGGAGAUCUCAUGGAAAAAAUAAUUAUGAAUUGAUCCAAAAUCUUAAGAAAAAUGUGAUCAUACGUUCAGAAAGAGUGGAGAAAGCAAUGCUGGCUGUUGACAGAGGAAAUUACUGCAAGCACAAUGCUUAUAUGGACUCUCCCCAGGGGAUUGGAUUUGCAGUUACGAUUAGUGCUCCACACAUGCAUGCACAUGCCUUAGAACUUCUAAAAGAUAAUUUAUACGAAGGAGCUAAAGCACUAGACGUAGGAUCAGGAAGUGGCUAUCUUACUGCUUGUAUGGCAUUAAUGGUGGGUAAAAAUGGCUUAGCCGUGGGAAUCGAUCAUAUUCCGGAACUUGUUAAUAUGUCUAUUGAAAAUAUCAAUAAAGAUCAACCAGAUUUAAUUAAGUCUGGAAGUAUUAAGAUGAUUGUUGGAGAUGGUAGAAAGGGAUAUGAAGAAGAUGCACCUUACGAUGCAAUUCAUGUCGGAGCAGCUGCUCCAGAAAUGCCACAGGAGCUAAUUAACCAGCUGAAACCAGGAGGAAGGUUAAUUAUUCCAGUUGGUAAAGAAGGACACAAUCAAAUGUUGGAACAGGUGGACAAGCUGUCGGACGGAACAAUAAAACGCAGUCAGUUAAUGGGUGUGGUUUAUGUGCCGCUAACUGACAAGGAAUCUCAAUGGCCUGGCAGGCAUGACAGGAAAGAGCUGUAGUUUUAAACAAGGUCUUGCAGUAUAUGCUGCUUCUAUUGCUAAAACAUCAUGCCAAUGCAGCAAAACAAUGGAUGAAUAACUGGUGAUAGAGAUUUAUAUCUGUCUCUGCUAGGUGCUGCGUCCUCUUCUAAUCGACCCACACCAUGGAAUUUCAUCACCGGCUACGAAAACUAUUUGCCACGUCUCCAAUUCCUUUAAUUUGCAAGACUCUGCCGGGAUUCUAUUCAUGUCGUUCGUCUCGUAUCCGGGAAAGUUGCCGGCAAAAACACCUCGGACCGACCCACGUUCAUUCUUGAAGAGAACUGAUCCGUUGCAAUACCACUUAGCGUUGGAAUAUACUGAAUGUUUUCGAGAACUUUUUUGCAAAAUUUUCAAACGUUAAUCAGUAGUUGGUUAAAAUGCAUGUUUGAUGUUAAAAUUUUCUUUAUUGUUGUUGUAAAAUAAUUCAACUUUCUUUGUUUUUCUUUUUGUAAAAAAAAAAGGAGGGAAUAACUGACGUUUGCAUUUAUACACUUUAAUGUGAAAAAAAUAAAAAAAUGCACCUUUUGUUAAAAUUAAUAAAAUAACAAAGUUCAAAUAUGCUAGUCUAAUCAAAAUUAGAGCAGUAGUGUAAAAACUUUAAAAGUUUUUAUUGUAAAUAAACUAGGCUUAUGUUGUAAAACUA